ACCAGUGCACGGGCUUUAGCCAAAAGGUACGCCGGAGAGUGAAACAGAACCCCCUCUCACCCAAACUCUCGACAAAAAAAAUUCAACCCCUGCGUUACCUUGUCUCCACACUCUCCACCUCUUACCCCACAAUCCACGGAGACCAAAAGAAAAAAAGAAAAGCCUCGAAAAGAAAAAUCGAAAAUUCCCCAAAACGGAGAAAGAAAGAAUUGAGAAAAAGCCGCCUUCUCUCAUAAUCCCGGUGCGAUAAUGACCCCGCAUUCUCAAUUACGUGUACCCCGACGUCAUCGGUAAAUCAUUAAAAUCAAUUCAAAAGCGUUAAAAGUAGAGGUGAAAAGGAAGUAAGCUUUUUCCAGUGGCAUCGGCAUUUAUGUGUGUACCUGUGUACGAUAUUUGCGGAGCAUCCCCGAGGCUUUGGGUAUCUCCCACCGUGUGACGAGAGUAGUGAUGAGCCGAGGGUUUUCAUCGUGGUGAUAGGAGUGAUAAUUUUCCUCUACCCCUCACCCACUUGGAAUCAAACCACCUCCCCGAUUCAAUUGGAAAGAGUAAAUUUUUCUCGCCCCUCGGUGUGUGUUUGUUUGUUUGUCGGUGAAAUACAAGUGUCUGUGUGUGUCGGCCAUUGCUUCUCGCUUCCUACCGGACCGAGGAAAGCGAGGACUUGGAGGCGCGCUCUCAACGUGUGUCAACUCAAGUUUUUCCCAUCGAGCUCACGACUUUUCCAACUCCACCAUACCUCCAGCAAGUCUCAUCGACAGUUAUCUUGCCAUUUUCACGAGCCCAUGUGCAAGUGUUGUACGAGAAUCAAGUGAAAACGUAUCUCCCCUCUUUUGCCUCUGUGCAUGUGUUUACGGCGUGGAUUAUGGAGGAAUAAUGUAACCGGGUGGUUGUGAGGAAUAUUUGAAACGAUUGCGAGGAGAGGAUUUGUGCAGAGGAAACAACUUUGGCUGCUGGAGGGGGUGCUGAAGUAACUUUGAAAUCUGGGGAAAGUUAUUUGGAAAACAAUUGGAUAUUUUUCUUGUUUGCACAAAGUUGCUGAUAAGGAGGGGAGAGGCUUUGGAAUAAUACUUUGAGAUUGGUAAAAAAAGUGGUGGAAGGAGUGAGGGGGUUUUGGUGGCCCCGUUGGUCGCAGAUGGGAGCUGGUCUUGCAGAAUACCCCUGGGUAAUACCCGCAGUUGGACAUUGGUUUUUUGGUAAUAAAGCCGGGGAAAGGAUCAGCACACGUCCACACCCACGACGCAAAGGUCAUUCUCACAUAAUCAAGCCGAUUAAACUCGAUCAAGCUGGAAUUGAUGGAGUUGGAGAAUAUCGUAGCCAACACUGUUUACCUCAAAGCGAGAGAAGGUGGUGGUGACAGCAACAAGGGGAAGAGUAAGAAAUGGCGGAAGAUCCUGCAAUUUCCCCACAUAUCACAGUGCAUCGGCCUAAAAGAUAAGCUCGACAUAAGGUACGGCUAUUUGGUUGAUCAGCAGCCAAUAGGACGGCUAUUAUUUCGUCAAUUCUGCCAGGACCGCAAGCCAUCGUACCACCGUUACAAUUUAUUCCUCGAUGCCAUUGAAAAAUAUGAGAUUGAGCUCGACGAAAAUCGUACCGAACUCGCAAAAGUGCUGUUUGAUCAGUACCUGAAGAGUGAGGGAUCGGAGGUUGUCGACAUUCUCAAUGACUCAGUGAUAUCACAGUGUGAGGAACGUCUCGGUACUGGUGGCAAAGAGUUAUUCACCGAGGUCCAGCAGACUGUUAAAAAUUUCCUAGCUGGUGAACCAUUCUCCCAGUUUCUCACGAGUUUCUACUUCUACAGGUACCUACAAUGGAAAUGGCUAGAAGCCCAGCCAGUGACGUACAAGACCUUCAGGAUGUAUCGUGUCCUUGGAAAAGGCGGUUUCGGCGAGGUGUGUGCCUGUCAAGUGCGGGCAACGGGUAAAAUGUAUGCCUGCAAGAAACUCGAGAAAAAACGAAUAAAGAAGAGAAAGGGCGAGGCCAUGGUGCUGAUAGAAAAAAAUAUACUCCAGAAGAUAAAUUCAAAAUUCGUUGUUUCCCUGGCUUACGCGUACGAGACAAAGGAUGCACUGUGUUUAGUAUUGACGAUAAUGAACGGUGGUGAUUUGAAAUUUCAUAUUUACAAUAUGGGGGGUGAGCCGGGCUUUGAUAUUAAUCGUGCAAGAUUUUAUGCCGCUGAGGUUGUAUGUGGACUUGAGCAUUUACAUCAGCAGGGAAUUGUUUAUCGUGAUUGCAAGCCGGAGAAUAUUUUACUGGAUGAUCAUGGUCAUGUGAGAAUAUCGGAUUUGGGUCUUGCUGUGGAAAUACUCGAGGGUGAUAUGGUUAGGGGAAGAGUUGGUACUGUUGGCUACAUGGCACCAGAAGUUAUUGAUAAUGAGAAGUACACUUUUUCACCUGACUGGUUCAGCUUUGGUUGCUUACUCUAUGAGAUGAUCGAGGGACAGGCGCCCUUUCGCGCUAGGAAGGAGAAGGUCAAGAGGGAGGAGGUCGAUAGACGAGUUAAGGAGGAUCAGGAGAAGUACUCGGCUAAGUUCAGUGAAGAGGCCAAGACUCUGUGCCAACAGUUACUUAAGAAAAAUCCGAAACAUCGAUUGGGAUGCAAGUGCGGUAGGCAUGGGGCUAAGGAGGUGAAACUGCAGAGCUUCUUUCAGUGUUUGAAUUGGAAGAGGGUGGAGGCCGGUAUGUGGGAACCACCGUUUGUACCGGAUCCUCACGCUGUUUACGCUAAGGACGUCCUGGAUAUUGAACAAUUCUCCACCGUCAAAGGUGUGAAUCUCGAUGCCAGUGAUGACACUUUCUACAGUAAAUUCAAUACCGGGAGUGUCUCGAUUCCUUGGCAGACUGAGAUGAUUGAAACGGAGUGCUUCAAGGAGCUCAAUUUCCUGGGACCCAACAGCACACCGACACCUGAUUUAUUGGUGAAUUAUCCGCCGGUUAAUAAUGAGAGUCGAGGCUGUUUUCCUUUUAGAAGAAAGAAGCAAAGCGCAAGAACACGUGAAAUUCCAUUAUCCGAGUGUCAUCUGCUUGAACUGUCACAGAGCCAAAGUUCCGAGAUGCCGGCCAGCUGAUCCAGGAUUAAUUCGGGAAAUCCGAGUACACCGACUAAACGGUCGGACGGUCCCUCGAGAUGCUGCAUCUGAGUUGAGAAUUCAAUUAAACAAGAGGAGCAUGUCAAGAGAAAAAAUGGCGAAUUGAGCAAGCCGAAUGGCUGAACAGGACGGAAAUAAGAAUGCAUUGAAUUGAAUGGAAAACGUAACGGAAAAAAAAUUAAUAAAAAAUGGUGUCUCGAUGGACAAAAGACAUCGGUCGACGUCCUGUGACGGUACACCGAGAAAAAUGCAAGUGAAUCCCUCGGUUGUUACGUAAGCACAUUCUUGGGACGCACACUAUUAUUAAAAAUACACACAGAUGGUUCAAAUGAAUGAUGCACACGAACAUUGAAAAAAAAAAAAUGAUAAUACACAACCGAAUAUGGGAGACGAACGUUCCAGCCAUUUGACGCACGUACAAAUACAACUCAACGCACUCAUCUCAAUACAAUAUCUUUCUCUCAGCUCUUUAUUAUUUUUUUCUUUCAAUUUCAACUCAAUACGUCGUUGAAGAUCUGGAAAACUCGUUGAAGCAUUUAAUUUAUCGUGUCAUUAAUUUUUAUCUUCAUUCUCAUGAUGGAAACAAAGUGAGUUUAAUGUGCAUUACGAAUCUCUUGUCCCUGAUCUGUUGGGGAAAAAUCGUGUGGUCUGAUGAAUCAAAGGUCUGAACAAAAUAAUAACUUAAUAGUAGUCAUUUGCAAUUUUUUCAUUAGAUUAUAGGUAAAAUAACGUCGAACAAUAGACGUUUCAUGUGGAGUCAAUAAUGUUUAAAAACACUGGGCAAUUCUAAUUAAUUUUUACUCUACUCUAUUAUCGUUUUGUAGAGGUGGCUUUCCGAUUUAUAUUUAUUGAAUAUAGGUGAUAACAGCGACGAGUACUUCAUUGAACAGCAAUGAUGAUUAACUCGGUGGUCGAUUCAGUGUUUUUACGUUUUAAAUGCUGGGAAAAUUGAGGAAGAAUAAUGAUAAAAUGCCAAACGUGCUGAUGUGAUCGUGCUCAACAAGUGGAAUUGAGGGCACGUGUCAUUAACACAUGUCAGAUCUCGUUUUUUUUUUUCUUUAAUUACUGGAAUUGCCGGGGGGUGGAACAAUCAAGCUUAGGUAUCGGUGCAUAACAAGAAAUCGAUGACAGAAAACUGAUGGGAAGAAAUAGUUGAUUAAAAAAUUUAGUGCAAUUUGUUUCAUUCAUUCGUUUCAUCCUUUCUUUUUUUUUCUACUUUCGUCCAUUAUUUUUCAAUUGCGGACUUGACAACGAAUAGUUUGUUGGUAGAUUAGUUUCGCAAGCGUCACGAGGAGCAAAAUAAAAAGCAUAACUUGCUGUCGUGGAACGAAUGAGAUUUCGUUAUAUUUUAGAUUUUUUUACACGAGGGACAUCCGGUUUAAUUUGUAAAUUUGUAUCUCGUAAGUAUUUCUCACGAGAGGUAGACGAAAAACUUUUAUCAUUCCAGAAAUCAUUAUUUUCACACUUCAUUUAUCCAUUUCUGGCUGUCGUAUUUACGUGUCUUGUCGACGUAUGACUGGUCCCGCGAAUAAUUUUCGCAAAUUAUAAUGAAUUGUUUUCCAUCCUUCUUUUUCUAUUAUUCAAUACUUUCGAUAAAUUAAGUACAAUGUUGGUGUAAGCCGUUAGAUGUGUAAAAUAAUACUUAUUUAUAUAUUAUACAUAACUAGGUGAUAACUAUGAUGGGAAUGAGACAAAGUAGUCGUAAGAGGAGAGAAAACUCAUGAUGACGGUAUAAUGUGACAACUCUUAUAGCCGUCCUAGAUAUUCAACAAAUUUUACGUUAUCUAUUCAUCCUCGCGUACGUUAUUGAUUGAUAAAACAUCAUUUCUUAUUUGUAAAUACGAGAAAUCAUUGACGUGAUUGAUUUGAUGGCAUUUUUCACCGGUUUUGGAGGAGUGGUAUUAUCCUGAGGAUGUGGGUGAAGUGGAUAUGAGUUGCGGUGACGUUAAUUUUUUUUUUAUUUCAUUGAUAGAAUUUUUCAUAUUACGAGACAGGAGGUCUAGGAAAAAUUGAAUUGCUGUCAUUUCACUAGCCAAUAAAAUGAGUUUUCAAACCGAUGGAUUAAACACAACAAAUAGCUUUACCACAAUUUUUUGCCAUUUUUAUUUAAAUAAUAGAGAGAAUAACGUCAGAAAUUUAAUGUUUUACGGGGAGUUUAUGAAAUGCUAAUGAAAUAAUACUCAUUACACCAAUGAAUUCAAAUUGUGUUUCGCGUGAAAAGAAUUGACUUCAGGAAGAAAUCAAAAGUCAUGUGCAAAGAGAAGAAAAUUCUAGUGCAGGGGAUUCCAUAAUCGAGAAUUCAGUAGCGAAGAGGUAAAAUGGUUGAACCAGUUUUGACUGUUGACCAGUUUACAAUAAAUAUCUUAUGAUCUAAAGUAGAUAGUGAACAUUUCGUAAAGAUCGUUUUGGUAGGUCUUAAUUCGAUCUAUCGGAUUUCGAGAUUUGGAAAUAUUCGCUACUGAAUUCUCCACGAAAAAAUACAAAACGGCCUCUAAUGCUUCAGAUAUUUUCCGUUUUAAUGAAAAAGUCAUUAGAAAUUUGAUCGAACUCAAUCAUACCCUUGAUAGUCUCUCCAUCGAAUUAAUUGUAACGCCUAACGGAUUUUUCGCAGGCCUAUUGAAAUUAUCAAUUUUCAUUGAAUUCGAUGAGCACAAGUUGGAAAUUCAAAGCCAGCCAACGGCUUAUGCUGAUAAUUCGCCGAAUAAGAGCCGAAUUUUCACAGUGACUGACGUUACCCCACACAAUUUUCUCCUACAUCAAGACACUAGUCAUCAAAAUA